AUGUGGUCUCCGUUCCUCGAGGUCGCUAAAGCACUUCGAGAGGGCCACGUGGUGGAAUUUAUUACUCAAAAAUACAACGAAUAUGGAUGGACAUUUGAGCAAAAUGUGCUGGGCCGCUCGGGGAUUUCGACCAUCGAGCCAGAGAACUUGAAGGCUUUGUUGGCCACCCAAUUCAAUGACUUUUGUCUUGGGACUCGAGAGCGCGAGUUUGGCCCACUACUUGGCCAAGGCAUCUUCACUCUUGAUGGUGCCGGCUGGUCCCAUUCGCGGGCUUUGCUUCGACCGCAGUUUACGCGUGACCAGGUUGCCGAUCUAGAUCUGAUGGAAUCUCAUAUUUCCCGCCUGAUCGAGCUUGUGCCCAAAGACGGUUCAGCCUUUGAUAUCCAGCGACUCUUUUUCCUCAUGACGCUGGAUUCGUCCACUCAUUUUCUAUUUGGCGAGUCCGUGCACUGUAUGGAUGAAGGCAAUGUACUUGCUCGAUCGACCGUCAACAAUGCACAAGGCUUCGCCAAUGCCUUCAAUACCGCACUCGAUUAUCUCAACUGGCGGAGCGUGGCCGGGAACUUCUAUUGGAUGAUAACAAGCAAAGAAUUUCGUGACGCCAACAAGCGCGUCCAUGAGGUCGUUGACUACUACGUACAUCAAGCAAUCGAGGCCAAAAGGCACCCUGAGAAGAAGGAGCCCGGGAGAUAUAUCUUCGCUGAGGCUCUUGCUGCCGACAAUGACAACCCGAAAGUUCUCCGAGACAACAUGCUCAACAUUCUCCUAGCAGGCCGUGACACGACCGCCAGUCUCCUCAGCUCCGCGUUUUUCUACCUCUCUCGCCAUCCUGCUGUCUGGGAAAAACUGCGUCGAGUAAUCAUUGAAGAGUUUGGUGACGUCCAAAACCCAAAGGGAGAAAUUACCCACGCCAAAUUGAAAGAUCUUCCGUACUUACGAUACGUCUUGAAUGAAGUACUCCGCCUCCAACCGCCAGUCCCACUGAACCUCCGCGUCGCAGUCAAAGACACCUCCCUUCCGGUCGGCGGUGGUCCUGACGGCAAGAGCCCAGUCUUCGUCGAGAAGGACCAACCAGUCCUCUACAGCGUCUACGCCAUGCACCGCCGCAAGGAUCUUUGGGGUCCCGAUGCUGACUCUUUCCGGCCCGAACGUUGGGAAGAGAACGCCAAACACGGCUGGGAAUAUCUUCCCUUCAACGGGGGUCCGCGCAUUUGUCUUGGCCAGCAAUACGCCCUUACAGAAGCGAGCUACACGAUGGUCCGGCUGAUGCAGCGCUUUUCGAAGGUCGAAAACGGCGAGCCGGGCCUUGACGAGCCUCUUAUCAGGGCGACUCUGACCAUGUCCCACGAGAAUGGGGUAAAGGUCCGAUUUAAACUCCAACAUGUUCGAAGAAAGCCAUCGCCCCUCCAAACAUGCACACGUUAA